AUGAUCCUCACCGGAAGCUGCAUGUGUGGUAAAAUCAAGUACCAGGCUGAUGCUGAGCCUGCUGUUAAGGCAGUCUGCCAUUGUCUCAAUUGCCAGAAGUUCAGCGGAUCUGCAUUCACUACCAAUUUUAUCAUUCCACGAUCUUCUUUUAAGGUCCUGUCAGGUACACCGAAAUCUGGCAAGUAUAUGGCCGAUUCGGGUUUUGAAUACCAUACAUUUUUCUGCGGGGACUGUGGAUCUUCCCUCUAUGGUCAACCUGACUCACUUCCAGACAUGAUGUCUAUCAAGGCUGGUUCACUUGACAACGGCGCAGCGAAAUUGGAGGGCGGAAAAAUCGACGUGGAGGCAUUCAUAGAAAGACGUGUGGCCUAUCUCAAGCCUCUUCAGGAUGCAAGCCAAGUCACCGGUAUGAUUCAGGCCUAA